GGAAGUUCCAAGUUCAGAUGUAAAACAAAAUGGCCUCCUCCAUAGUUAGAACUUGUAUGAAUAUUCGAGCAAAUGUAGUUGGAGUUAGAGGAGCAGCUUUAAUUUUAAAUUAUGGUUUGUUUACCCUGCUUAUAUUAUCAACAAUUGAUGAUUAAAGUGUUUUAUAGAAUGCAUUUUUUAAUGUUGAUUUUUUUAAACCCGGUGUCUAUUUAGCAUGGAGGUUCCCCAGGCCCAGGUCAACUAUCGCUGAUUCACUAUCAGUAUCAAACUAUGAAAUGAAUGUAUUAGCCAUAUCAGCUAUUAGUUCCGUUUCUCAAAAUAUUUCAAAAUUUAGCUCUGUAUUUUAAUUUAUUUGAUACAUGUUUUCUUCCUCAUAUUUUAAUGAUUGUCUUGGGAGGGUUUCUGGGAGAUGCUCUUCCCUAGAAAUUAUUUUAGUCAAUAUGAUUAUGCAAAGAGUUGGUGCCAUGAAGUCCUUUCAUGUUUUUUAACUUAUUAAUAUUAAUAGGUUUAGAACUUUAGGGGUUAGGUUUAGGUUAGAUCUAGGUAGAUACUUCGAUGAAACAAGGGAGAUUACUAUUUUUUGCAUAUCGGCGCCGAAAAAUUAAAUCAGAGUUUUAAAUUUUCUCAUGUGUGUCUAUUUAUUAUUAAAUGACUACUUUCGACAUGUAUUUGAGUUUUGUUCCUGGCCUUUUAUUUUGGUAGACAUCUUGGCCUACAUUUCCAUCCAGCUAUUUUGCUUUUUCAAUCGACCUUUAUUUUGAAAAUCUUUGGUAUACAUAAGGCAUCUUGGCACACAAAAUUUUUUGUGAAAUAAAAAGAAAAGGUCUUUCAUAUUAAAUCGUGAAAAGCAUUAGAUAUUGAAGUAUACAUGUGCCAAUUCUCAUUGAUGUAGGUCGUUUCCGACGUUCGUUACGCUUGUCCCCAUGACCCACAUCACCAUAAGGUCGCUCUUCCUAAUUUCGACAACCCCCUUUUUAAUGGCGGAAGUUGCCGAUACUUAGGAAAUAUUUAAUUAUUACCACUAUUUACAUCAAAAUAUUUGAUAAUUUGUGUUAGAAUGCAUUUUGAAGACAUUUAACCUGGAAUGUUUUAAUUUCAGCUUUAAAAACCCUGUAGAGUCCAUAUUAUAAAUGAUCAGAAUUUUCCGUUCGCAACAUGUUCUCAUUGGCAACCAUUCACAGCCACUUGCGUAAUGGCUAUAUCGUAGUACUAUCUCAGAAUUUCAUUCAUAAGAGUUUGCCCUUGCUUUAUAGAAGUACCUACUUAGUUAUAGAUGUGUUUAGCCUAAUAAGGGUGACCUUUCUCUGUUCGUGGCAACCAAUAUGGUGGAUUGUCUGAAUUUACCAUUAUUUUGUUUGUUAUUUUUGUAUUGAAAUUGGGGUGAGGAUUUUGGGGAGGGGUCACUCCUCCCAAUAAUGUCCCAUUAAAUUGUGACAUUAUAAUGCUAUAAAUUAUAAUAAAUGAUUUGCAAAAUCGUCAGAGUAAAGAUGUCUGUACAAGUGUAAGUGUCCUAACCAUGAUAAAUAAUUGACAUAAAUGGGACCUGUGAUUUAUAACAACAAAUCUUUACUUUGAUUGUAUAGACUAACUGAUAAAUUACUCUUAAGGAGGUGGAAACCACUAACAAUGAUUUCAAUCUUAGUAUUGCAGCAUAAAUUUAUUUAUUUUCAGUGCCCCGAAGAAAUCACAAUCGAUAUGAAAUGAAGUACCGCCGUGAAAUGUACAUCAGACGUUUGGAAGUUGGACCAGAAAAAGAACGACGCAGAUCUGAGUGGAUAAACUGGUAAAAUGUUAUAUCUCAUGAGAUCAAGUAAUUGAAAAUUAACUAUUGAGAUAUUUCAAAUAAUUGUUAUUAAAAAGAUUUUGUUGUUAGGUUUCAUCAGGUCUUAUUUUUAUGAAAUCUUAAACAUUUUCAUCUCUUUUCCAUGUUUCUUUAGGAAUUAUGAUUGUGAAAUAUUUGCAUUUGGUAAACGGCUGAGUGAAGACUUGAGUGAAUCAGUUCUGAGACAGGCAUUUGUACAAAGGUAGACAUGUAUUACUUGAAAUAAUUAACACUAAAAGAUAUUGAUUUGAAAAAAAACUAAAAAAACUAAUGAAUGGCUUUGGUCAUUCUUAUCUUUUGACUUUGAAGAAAAUGUAAUGGGCAGAUUAAAUUUGAGAAGUUACAUAGAAUUUGGUGUUUUCAGGUGUAGUUAAAAUGUUUUUUUACUAAGAAAUGUACUUGAAUGGUUAUAUAUUUCUUGAGUCAAUUCCACAUCUAAAUAUUGCAUUGUCAGGAAAAAAUUUAUUUUCAAAAUGAUCAUUAUAGAGCAUUGGAUAGGUUUUGUUCAUGAGCGCUUGGGAAUGUAAAAUACAGUUAAAGUCUAAAUCACAUCUUUCUGUUUUUAAUAGUUAAGACAUUAAACUGCCCAAAUGUUUACUUUUCAUUUAUUUUUCUCAUAGUUCUUAUAUUGAGAGGGAAAAACAAAAGCGAAAAGAACUAGGCAUUGAUACAGAUGUGAUGUCCUUUCAACUACAAGACAAUGGAGAACUUGCAGAAAAAGGUUAACUUUGAAAUGUUGCUGGUUGUCUUUUAAACUUUUCACACAAGCAUUGACAAAAAUUGCACAUUCAAAAGAGAUAUCAAUUCGAUUUUAGCCCAAUUAUGCAGAAAUUGCAUCAUUAAUUAUUUUUCUUUUCACAGGUUCUGAACUGCUGAGCAGUUAUAUUAAGGUCUAUCUAAGGAACAUGUAUCCAUACAUGUUUGAGGAAGGCGUUAGGUAAAUAUUGAAGCUCAUUGUAAUACAUUAUAUUUCUUAUAUAUAUGAGGCAAACAUACCUUAUAUCUUUUUUUUUUCUUAUACAUAAACCAAAUAUAUCAUUAAACCAAAAUUUUGAAGAAAUAUAAUUUUACACAUACAAAAUAUGGUGUGUAAUGUAAGUUCAAAUUUUGAUAAGAUUUUGUUUAAAUAACUUAUUCAAUUUCUGUAUCCCCAAAAUUUUUCCAUUGCCAGGUUGCACGUUAAUUUGUUUCUGGCAUAAUUUUGAAAACAUUGUUUUAUUAUUAUGUCAAAUCUAACUUCAAAAAUAUUGUGUUAUAUUAAUGUUUGAAACUCUUUUGUAGCACUUGGUAUCCAUUUUUUUCUUUCUUUAAUUCCUCAAUGUCAAACAGUCAAAAUUGGAUCUACCAACUGAAAACUUAACAAUUUCUUCAAUAUACACCCUUUGCUAAAGCAGUGCACAAGAUACUUUCAGCUAGCGCAUUUUCUUUUUGACUUGAGAACAAUUCUAGGGGGUCCGUAUUCCCACAGCAUGCAACCAUCUUGAAAUACUUAAAAACAUAACUUACUUUGAAGCACGGCAAACGCUUCCGCUCCCUCUGAUAAGAUUCCUGACAUAUGAUAAAUUUUAUGGCAUGGUUGAUUUCAGGAUGAGGAGUAGAUUAAAUAUCUUUUUAUUUUUUUUAUUUUAUUUAUUUAAAACUUAUACAAAAUUGUUAUGUUCACAUUUGUAAAUGUAAAGUUUAUAGAUCACAGCAUAUAACUUUUCUGUAAUUGGGAUGAAUAAAGAUUACUCCUUUUACAUUUUUCAGUUCCAUCCAUGACUACUUGGUUUCAGAGCAGAUGCUUUCCUAUAUUGCUAAACACAUAGGCUGUGAAGAUCUCGUUCUUAGUGAGGUUGGUUUCUUGUUCCCUAGUCCUGUCAUGAUAAAUUCGGACCGUUUGUUAAAGCAGUCAAUAAAUUACUAGUACACCAGAUCAAGCAUAUAUGCCAUAUGAUGUGAAAUGAGCUCUAGGCAAUGUUGUUUGUCAUUAACAGGACUUCCCAGUCAAGUCAUCAACACUGAGUCAAACCUUCAAAGCUGUUGUUGGAGCUGUCCUCAAAGACAAGGUAACUGGUUCCUGUGGUGAUCUAGUGUGUUCAGGUGUUUAACUCAACACUAAACAAGUGUGAUCAGUAAGAAGGUUCAAAGCUCCAUUCAAUUAAGGUUAUAAACUCCAGAUGCUAGUGAUAGAUGGAGAUGUUUUUAAGAAGCAAAAAAAUGUAUUGUGCUGAUGAUUUGAUUGUGUGUACGCAUAGCAAGUUAUAUUGUGUGCUGAUUUGAUUGUGUGUACACAUAGCAACUGAUAUGUGUUGAUGAUUUGAUUGUGUGUACACAUAUAUGAUACCAUGUGCUGAUGAAUAGAUUGUGUGUACAUAUAGAAAAAGAUAUCAUGUGCUAAACAAGUUUCCCCUAUGAUGUUUAAAGGGAACAAGAUGUAGGCCAAAUCCCUAAGUGAGAUUUUAAUUAUAAGCUGCUCGCAAAUCUCAAGAGUCGGUUAUACAUAAUAUGUUAAGUGACUAUUUUCAACACAUAGAUAAUAAUAAAAAAAAUCUAUGUCAUCCCUCAGUAUCAUUUCUAUCAAUUUGUUUAGUCUAGACUACCAAAAUCUUAACUGCUUUCCUUCCUAGGGACAAGAGCGAGCUGAAUGCUUUGUCAGAGAUUUUGUUCUGCCCCAACUGAUCAGCAAAGACAUCAACGAGUUGUGGGAGUUAAUCAACCCGAUGGGUCUUUUAUCAGCUGUGUUGGCAUUAAUUGGCAAAGGGCCACCAGAGCCAAGGUAUGUGCUAGAAUUUAAAAAAAAAAUUUUAACUUCUCAUUUUUGAAUUAAGCCCAAGGGCACAUUUUAAAAAUAUUUUUUUCAAGCUGUGUAGGUUAGUUUCUUAUCUAAAAUUUGGUCAUCAGUUUUUUUGGGGUUUUUUUUUAAAGACUUUCUUUCUUCUCACAAAUCCAUUGAGUAUUGAUUGUAGCAUCAAACUUUUUCAUCACACGGGACCCUCUCGCCAUGUUUGAUUGCGCCUGGCUCGUGCUGACCUGUAAGCAGAGCCGUUCUUAGGAGUUUGGGGGUCCGGGGGUGGAGCUCCCUUGAGCUGAAGAGAAAACGUCACCCACCACUGUGACUCCUCCAUUCUGCCUUCAUCAAUGUUUCCUCUUUCCCAUUCCCACGGCCAAGCCCCCGAUUUCCUGUCUGCCACCCCCAAAGCUCCCCCCUUGCUGCUUCCCUUCCCCUGCCUCCGAAUUCAACUCAGAAUGAUAAAUUUCAGGAUGAGGAAGGUAAUGUGAGUGACACAGACGGCUGCAGUGCCAGUUUAAAAAAAAAAAACGGGAGACCGAGGGCGCCUCACAUUCGGGGCCCUACGCCGAUGCGUAGUCAGCGUAUGCCUAAGAACGGGCCUGCUGUAAGGUCGCAUCUGAGUUGCGACAGAGUGAGAGCUAGCUGGGUUGUGGGAGGGUGGGUAGUGAGUGAAUGGGAAAUGAGAAGAGUUGUUUUUGUCUUUUUUCAAACUACCUCACCACCUUCACUUCCAAAAACCAUUGGUCCAAGGAAAUUAAGAUGAUUCUCUACUUUUUGGUGUGUUUAAACUCAUCUUUAAAAAGAAGGUAUAUGUUUUUAUAUUAUUUUACUUACAGGUUGUUGUGGAAAUCAGCUACUAACACAAUUAUGUCCCUUUACUGGGUAGGCAUCUACAGUGACAAACAACUCAUAGGAAAGUGUAAGUCUUUGCUUAAAAUCUUUUUGUGCGGUACAGUUUUUAUAAUUCGCUUAACUCUUUAACUUGGACAGCGGCGAAAGUUUUGCGAUGAGAUUUGUUUUAAUUACAAAAUAAAUUCUAAACUUUUUUCCAACUGCAGACUCGAAGCUACAAGAAUAUUCAUAUUCUUGACCACUUAAUAAAUGUAAAUAAAAAAUAAUUAAUAUUUGACACAGAUUGGGGGCAAGUCUUCCUAAAGUUAAGUUUUGAAAACUUUCAUUAUUGUGAUUCAGUGAUAUCCAUGACCCUGAAACACAAAUGUAAGAUUUAUAUUUCCCAUCAUUUGUUUAAGUACCAAUUUAUGAAAUUACAUUUUCAGCCCCAGGGGAAACAGUGACCAUUGCAGAAGAAAUGGCAGCCAGGGAGGCACUGAAGAAGUUGAUGAAGACUGAUGACAGCAGAUCCCCUUUAAUACUAGGGAGAAUGGCAGAUAAUUUAAAGCUGGACUAUAAGAGAGUCAACGUCAGCGCAGAGGAAGUCACAAGGAAACAUUUCAGCAAUGAAGACCGACAUAACAACACUGCCACCUCUUAACAGCUACCCUUGGUUUGAUGGAACGUUGGAUGAUCUAGUGUCAACUGUACAAAUGUAUGACUGAUGAUGUGAUAGCAGAUAAUACCUUUUUUUUAUUAUGUAUUAAUGAAUUAAAAUUAAUUAUUGUAACUGUUA